AUUUAAUAGAUUGCUAACGCUCGUUUUGUACGUGUCAACUUCAAUUCAAAAUGAACUCCGAGAAGGAGAGAUAUUUCGAGAAUCUCCUACAGAUUUACCGUCACAAGAUCGAGGAGUUAUUGAACCCAAGAGAUAUUGUCCCUUACUUGCCGGAUUGGAACCCAGAAAUUCUUCUUAUUUCAAACUCAAAGAAGUUCUUGAAAGAAUUACAGGACAAGCUUCGCGAGGAUGACGCACAUCGUGUCUUCAUUGAAUUUCUAGACGCUUUGAAAGCUGCGGGCUGCACGCCCCUCUUCAAACUUCUGUCUGGAGAUAGCUGUCACGAAUAUGAUAAGUUCAAGCGCUUGCUGCGAGUGCUACAUGCUUAUAUCAAAGAUAGGAUAGUCAUCGAUGUACCACUUUUGCUUGCUCUUCGGGCACGCGAUGUCAUCAGUGAAGAAGAAAAGAAAGAAAUACAGGAACUUGUCGAUUCCGGAAGACACGACAUUGAGGCAACAUAUGCUCUGAUCAGGGCUUUACCAAGGCGAAAUGAGAAAUGGCCCGCCUUGGUCAUCGAAGCACUCGGCGAAACAGGCAAUGAUAGUGUAAUUGAAGUGUUGUUAACUGGUGGUGAACUCAAUGAGGAAGAAGGGAUCGAAAUUGCAGAUCAAGAUAAUUUGCUGAGAAAACUGGGAGAUAUGGCUCCGGAAGUUGAAAGAACGAACCAGGGGAAUCAUCAAGUCGACAACCUCCAUCGACGGGGAUCCAAGGAUACCGAGAUGGCCAUUAAGAUGCCUGUCAAUGACCUCAAUUCUGGAACGGCCAAUAAGAUCAACAAUACCAUGCCUGACAAUGGCCUCAAUAAUUCUCCCUGCGAAGGAGCUGUUGGGGGUGUCUCAGCAUCACCUACGCCCCCCUUAAAUAUUGGCUUUCAAUCAUACCCUUACCAUGAAGAGGAAAAUCUUGGGGCAGCUGCUUCGGGAACAGGAAGAGCAGCAGCAGGUUUAGAGGAGAAAGCUGUUGAAGAACUAGGAGACAAGCUAAGAUCGUACCAAACUGAACUUGCAAGGCCAGGGUUGGAGGGGAAGAAUGCAAUAGUCUGCGCACCGACUGGAAGUGGCAAGACCUAUGUUGCCCUCGCUAUUGCAAAGAAUCAUCUGGAACAAGCUAGGGAGAAGGACAGACCAUGUGUCAUCUAUGCAGUGGAUAAAGUCAACCUUAUCCAACAGCAACUCGACGGGUUCAAGCCAUAUCUUCCUGAAUGUUACAACCCUCACGGCAUGAGUGGAAAACAAUCUGAGAGUCUUAGUUACAUAAUGUCAAUCAGCAAAGUCAUUGUUCUGACCGCACAGGUCCUGCUGAAUGCAUUGGAGACCGAAUCAAUUCACAAUGCAGACGUUUUGAAGAUCUCUGACGUGUCUCUCUUGAUCUUCGAUGAGUGUCAGAAUACUACAAAGAAACAUCCUUACAAUGCGAUCAUGAAACAUUACCUCGAGGCAAAGUUGGGAGAUGGUCCAAAAGUCCGGCUGCCCCAGAUAAUUGGCCUAACUGCGUCUCUGGGCGUGGGGGGUGCCGGCUCAACAGAUGGUGCUAUAGAUCAUGUCGAGAAAAUGUGCGCAAACCUCGAUGCAACGGAGCUGUGUUUGGUGAAAGAAAAUAUAAAAGAGCUGAUAAAACAUGUUGCUGCGCCUGGAGUAGAAUUGAAGUCAGUUCCAAUAAGGGGAAACGAUCCAUGCAAAACUAUGGUCUGUCAGCACAUGGAAGAAAUUCAUCGUCGUAUUAAGGAACAGCCAGAACUCAAUGUGUCAAGCAUUGAAGUUAAUGCGGCAAUUCUUGCGGCACACUUCAAAGAGUUGCCCAGUGACUUCGGUAGCUUAGUUUACACAGGCUGGGUUUCGAGGCUUUUAAAAAUUGUACCAAGCAUAAAUGAUAACUGUCUACGAAUGAGAUCCAUCACCUAUGCAAGUUACCUUAAGAUGUACCAUGAGGCUCUUAACAGAAAUGCACAGGCACGAAUCAAGGACGCGUUGGUGUACUUGGCUGAGGAGAUGGAGGAAUCGAAAAGACCGAAUGGAGAUGAGGUUUCGGGUUGGCUUAAAAAGAGAUACGAAGAGAUAGACAUGCAGCUUCGUCCGAUCAUGGAUGCCCCAGAAUAUGAAAACCCAUUGCUACAGCUUCUUCAAGACAAAAUUUUAAGCUAUUCAGCUAACAGUGCAGAGUCACUUGGGAUCAUAUUUGUUCAGACGAGAGCAGCUACAGGAAUGCUUCAUGCUUGGAUGGUGGAGAACCAGCAGCUGAGCUCAUUUAAACCCGCCAUUAUCAUGGGUACCCAUGAAAUGACACAGGCGAAACAAGUCGAUAUUUUAGAGAAGUUCCGCAAGGGAGAACACAGAUGUCUUAUCGCAACGUCCGUGGCAGAGGCUGGCUUGGACAUACAGAUGUGUAACUGGGUGAUAAAAUACAACCACACCACAAACGAAAUUGCACUGGUGCAAGCAAAAGGACGGGCCAGACAAUUAGACAGUCGAUAUGCUGUGGUUGCAACGGAAGGGUCGGGUAAGGUUCGUAAAGAACAGAUUAAUCAGGUCCGCGAAAUCAUGAUGAACAGCGCCGCUCUCGAAGUCUCCCAGAUGCCGAGGGAUGUCCUGAAGGAGCGAAUCCUGAAGAUUCAAGAGGCCGAACUCGCCAAACACAGGAGAGAAGCAGAGGACCUUCGCAAACGUCCAUUCGUGACGGAUGAGUACGAUCUGCUCUGCAAGGCGUGUCGUGUAUUCGUUACGAACUCCGCAGACUUGCGAGUUCGUAACAAAACGCAGCAUACUACCAUCCAGGACGGUUUUAAAGAUCUUUAUGUGAAAGAGCCUGCCAAAAAAUUAAUAACAGUCGCCGACUUUAUAAGCAAAUAUGACAUAUUUUGUUCUGCAGAAAAAUGCAAGAAGAAAUGGGGUAAACUUGCGACAGUGUUGGGCAUUGAAAUACCAGUGUUGUCACCAGAGAACUUCGCCUUCAUGUUAAAAACCUCUGGUCAAUGUUGUACGGACAUUACAAGAUGGAAGAAUUUUCCAUACACUAUACCAGAAUAUUGAUGAUUGCAGUGAUUUUAAAAUUCUGCACAUGGCUGUGUUAUACUUCAGGGAGUAUAUCUCCUCCAAGGCACGAGCAUUUUGCGGGCCACUAUCCCGUAUAUGCCAAUGGUUUAUUUGGCGGGAUUUGACAAGACUCCCUGGACAGCCCAUCGCGGCAUCCUAAUUUUGUCUCCUUAGGGUGAGGAAAGAGGCCGGUCCACUGCGUCCGGUUCGUAGAUUUGACUAUGACUCCCCCGGCGGAAACACUCAAAAACGUUACUCCGGCACUCUGACUCUGACAUGCUAAAAUGAAAGAGGCUCUUCCUUACUUUAAAGACGCAUCUGCAUAAAACGGACGAUGUACUUUCAGAUUGGUCGAGUUACUCCUCCCUCAAAAUAAAAAUGUGAUGUUGCUGUGCAGUUCAUUUCGUCAUCCUGAUGCUUUUCCCUCUGACGACAUACAGGGCCAGUCCACUGCGUCAGGAGUGGAGGCCUAUGCGUCGAUCUAAGCGCGUUCAGUUUAGCUUUCCGUUUUGUUAUAGGCCUACAACACACUUGUAACAGAACCCACGUGUAACUAUUAUUCACAUAUACGUGUACAUGUUAGGUUGAAUAA